AUAUCCAAUCCCACCACCGGCGACGGCGACGGGAAACGGAAGCUUCGAGAGGGAAAACUUAACGGAAAUCCGAAAACGCUAUCCCCUGCCUUAUCCCGAAUUCCCAAUUGUGAGAGGUUGGGAGGAUGCCACUUUCCGAACCCGCCUUCUCCACUUGACUUGACCCCAUUCCAAGCGAAGCAACCAUUAUUGCCUUAUCUCCCAUCUUCCCAUCUGCGAAGAUCUAUCCGUCAAACUAAAUGCUUCUUCUUUAGCUCCAUUUCCCGUUUGGACUCUUCCCCCCACCAUUCUGUUCGUACUCCACUGCCACUUCCCAUGGCGGCUGCAGCAGCAGGAGCGUCAAUCCGGUGGCACUAUUCCUCAUCUUUCCCCGCCACACCCAGAACCCACCACAAUCGAUUGCUUCCCAGUCCCACCACUACUUCACUCUCCUUCUACAGCAAGCGCCUAGCUCCGGCGGUUUGUUCACUCAAGAGCUCUGAUUCAACGGGGAGGGAGGGGAAUUCAUUUUCUUUCAAGGAGUGUGCUGUUUCGUUUGCUCUGGCGGUCGGGUUGAUAACUGGGGCGCCUUCGAUGGCGGAUUGGUGUCCCGACGCGAAUGCUGUUGCUGUCAAUCCGGCAUUGCCUGAUGUUGCCGUUUUGAUAUCCGGGCCGCCAAUUAAGGACCCUGGUGCAUUGUUGAGGUACGCGCUGCCAAUUGAUAACAAGGCCAUCAGGGAAGUUCAGAAGCCGCUUGAAGAUAUCACUGAUAGCCUCAAGAUUGCUGGGCUCAAAGCUCUUGAUUCUGUUGAGAGAAAUGUGAGGCAGGCAUCUCGAGCUCUCAAGCAGGGGAAGAGUUUGAUAAUUGCCGGAUUAGCUGAGCCAAAGAGGGCGCAAGGUGGGGAAGUGCUUGACAAGCUGGAAACUGGGCUUGAUGAGCUUCAGCAGAUUGUGGAGAGCAGGAACCGAGAUGGCGUGGCGCCUAAACAGAAGGAGCUACUUGAUUAUGUUGGAAGCUGAGAUCUUCCUGGGGCAUUGGAUUUCUCUGCAGUGUUGAAGAGGAUAUGGUGAAUGGCUUCCCCUACGAAGUGCCUGAAGAAUACAAAAAUAUGCCUCUCUUGAAAGGUAGAGCAACUGUGGAUAUGAAGGUCAAGGUUAAGGACAACCCAAAUCUCGAGGACUGUGUGUUCCGCAUUGUCCUAGAUGGUUACAAUGCGCCUGUAACAGCAGGGAAUUUCGUGGACUUGGUUCAGAGGCACUUCUAUGAUGGCAUGCAAAUUCAGAGGGCGGAUGGCUUUGUUGUUCAAACUGGGGAUCCUGAAGGUCCCGCAGAGGGUUUUAUUGAUCCUAGUACAGAGAAGACUCGAACUAUUCCUCUAGAAAUCAUGGUGGACGGAGAGAAAGCACCUGUCUAUGGUGCAACUCUGGAAGAGCUUGGUUUAUAUAAGGCCCAAACGAAGCUUCCAUUCAAUGCAUUCGGAACAAUGGCAAUGGCCAGAGAUGAGUUUGAAGACAACUCAGCUUCAAGCCAAAUCUUCUGGCUACUGAAAGAAAGUGAACUCACUCCUAGCAAUGCGAACAUAUUGGAUGGGCGGUACUCAGUGUUCGGUUACAUAACCCAGAAUGAGGACCUUUUAGCAGAUGUGAAAGUUGGUGAUGUAAUCGAGUCAAUGCAAGUGGUUGCUGGCCUCGAAAAUUUGGCCAAUCCAAGCUACAAGAUUGCAGGCUAGAGCUAUAGACCUCUAUCGCUUUUCAGGUUCUUAGAAAGACCCCGAGUUCUCUUCACAGGUACAGUGCUGCUUCGAGCUUGAGAAGAUCCUCUUAUGACUUAUGAGUUAUGAUAUUUUUCCUGAGAAUGUAAUAUCAUCAGCAUUCAUUUCGGUCCAACUUUAAGGAACAUUAUUCUUUCAUAGCAUAAGCGUAUAAGAUUCGUCGUACGUCCCUUUGUUGUAACCUGUUUCUUUGAGACUACUCUUAGCUUUUAGCAAAGCUCUUCUGUAACAAUAACUUCUGUAAAGUAAAGACCGAAUUCUCAUGAAAUAGAAUCCUUGUUGGGCUAGGAUUUCUGUUAUGGUUGGAACUAAACACCAAAUUUUCUAGACAUGAGAUUCUUGUCUGGUUAGGCAUUCUUGAUGAAUGUCAGUAGGUCUAAGGCAGAAACCUAGGUGUACUUAUAUGAUAAGAAAAGGUUGUAGAAAUCAUCAACUGACAACUUACAUGAGUUUUUAUGAAGCAGAGCUAGAAAAAAAGGACUUUACAGUAUAUUCCAAAGCAGUCACCAUCACAAAUGAGAUGAAGCAAUUUCCAUUUUCAUGGCCCUCGGUGCCUGCGGAAGCAGAGGCAGCUCUGAGGCUGAUGAUCCCCAGGUAUCAUCCCUCCACCUCUCGACGUGUCAAUUGCUUCCAACAUCGUAACGACCUCCUCCAUCUCGGGCCUCUUGUCAGGGUUUGCAUCCCAGCAUCGCCUCAUCACGUUUGCCAGUGAGCUAGGGCAACACCUCGGUAUCUCGGGCCUCAGGUUCUGCCGAACGACAGCCGAUGUCAUUUCCGAGAAACUGAGGUCAGGGUAUGGCAUGUCACAACAGUAUAUCUCCCAGAGACAAAUGCCAUAGCUGUACACGUCACACUUCCUGUUGUACGGAUUGCCAUUAAGAACCUCGGGUGCCAUGUAUCCUAGGGUCCCUGUCUCUCCUGUCAUGUCGUUGGGGUUCGAGGCCUCAAGGCGAGCCACACCGAAAUCGGCAAUCUUGACGGUCCUCGACUUGUCGAGGAGCAUGUUCUCCGUUUUCACGUCCCUGUGGACGAUCUUCAUCGUGUGUAGGUAGCUCAACCUGAAAGUUUCCUAAGUUAAGUUAGGUACAUAACAAUACCAACAACAUACUGUGAGAGAGAGAGUUGAGAGAAUGAAUAACCCUCUGGCAAGAUCGAGUGCGAUUUGGACGACCACUUUAAAGGCGAGCUUUCUUCGCCUAUUCUUGAUGAGGUAAGCCUUGAGAGCACCACCAGGGCAGUACUCCACUACUACGCAACAUAUGUUGCUUGGCAUACCCAUGUGUCCAUUCUCAGUUUGUAUGUUUAGACUUGCUGAUCCAAUGGUAGCCCCUAUGAACUGCACAUUGGGGUGAUCAAGCUUGUGCCAUACAGCUACUUCUUGAGUAAAAGCAGCCCUUAGUGAUGCUAUUUCUGCAUCUGAUCUGUGACCUUCUUCUCCCCAAUCUAGCAGCUUCACUGCAACAUCGAGGCCGUCGUAAAUGCCACGGUGGACGGUGCCGAAGGUGCCACGAGCAAUGACGGACUUGAUGAUGAGCUUGGCCGGGUCAAUCUCCCAUUCGGGCCUCCGCCCAGUUACCACGGCGGGGAUGGCGGCGGCAGAGUUGAAGGUGGCAGAGGCAGAGGCAGAGGAGGUGAGAGGCAGAGGAGGAAGAGGUGGAUGAAGCAAUCCGCUGCCACCCUCGGACCUGGUGGAGGUAGAAUUGUUCUUCUGAUCCGUAGUCCAAGCGCGAGAGAGAUGGCGCUGCAGCUGCUCGUCGAGGCUCUUGAGGUCUAUCUGAUCAGCUCUCACGUACCCUCCACCGCCACCGCCGCUCUCGUUCUUCUCCUUCAUGGCUCUCACUUGCUCUGUUUCUUUCUGUGUGGCUUUUUGUUUCAGAGUUGUUCGGUGCUUCCUCUUAUUUCUUGUUGUUCUGGUGAUGGAAGGAAGUUGAGAGACAUCAAUGAAUAAAUGGGGAAAGAGAAAGCAGAGGAAGGAAGGUGCAGCAAG